UUGAGGUGUAAAUGCUCUGACGCUGGCCAAUGGCUCUGCUUCCGGUAGAAACCCGAAGCCCGGCUCCUCGAAACUACAACUCCCAGCAGACACCGCGUCGCGUCCUGGUCAAACUGGGGGAGCGGCCGCCAUUGUCCACGGCCGAGGUGAGGCCUUAACCAGGACCGUUGGACACUUGAUGCCGUUGUGGCUGAGACAGGCUGGUCGCGAGGACUAGGACAGAGAGGACGAGCGCGGAGCGGCAGCGCCUGCGGUCAGGGCCGGCUCGGUGCGGGUACGUGUCCGGCGACUGCUCUGUCCGCGCCGGCCUGUUGCCCCCGUUGCCCUCCGGCUCCCCGGGUCUGGGUGCAUCGCCUGCAGGGUCCGCCCGGUGGGUCGGGCCUGCAGCGUUGUUCCGAGGCCGCGUGCUGUAGCCCUGGGAUAGCUAAGCCACAGCACAGUGUGAGGGCAGGUGGCUGCAAAGCCAGGUUGAUAAUUACAGUGCUCCUGGACAAGACUUUAGUUGAUCGAUCAGUCUUCAGGGAUGGCAGCCAUCAACCCGUGGCCCUCCUGGGAGUGCCGUGUCUGCAUGUGUGCACCCUCAUGGACCAAUCCUGGGGUAUGGCAGUUGCUGACCCACGUGCCUCCUGGGCUCUUUGCCAUCAGAAUCCAGUGUGGCACUUGGAGGGGAGCCCUGAGGAGGAGGGGAGACAGGCAGCUGGGCUCCCAACAGCCCAGGUCCAGGAACCAGUGACUUUCAAAGAUGUGGUUGUGGCCUUCACCCAAGAAGAGUGGGGGCAGCUAGAUCUUGUUCAGAGGACCCUGUACCGUGAUGUGAUGCUGGAGACCUAUGGACACCUGCUCUCUGUUGGGAAUCAGAUUGCUAAGCCUGAGGUCAUCUCCCUGUUGGAGCAAGGAGAAGAGCCAUGGUCAGUGGAGCAAGCAUAUCUUCAAAGCACUUGUCCAGAGUGGAUGGAAAAUCUUGCAAACAAAACAUUGAUUCCGGCACAGAGUGUUUUUGAGGAAGAAAAAUCUAAUGGCAUGAAGUUAGAAAGAUACAUAUGGGAUGAUCCUUGGCUCUCCAGGUUAGGGGUUUGGGGAUGUAAAGACCAAUUAGAAAUGUACCACAUGAAGCAGAGUACAGGUAUGAGGCAAAUGGUCUUCAUGCAGAAACAAGUACUGUCUCAAAAAGGUGCCGAAUUUUGUGAACUUGGAACAGAGUAUAACCAGAGCUUAAACUUGGUUCCAUCUCAGAGAGUUUCUCAUUUAGAACAUUUCUAUAAACCCGAAACACAUCUUGAAAGUUGGAGGUGCAACUCAGCCAUAAUGUAUGCGGAUAAGGUUACCUGUGAAAAUAAUGAUUAUGACAAGACUUUCUACCAGACUCUUCAGCCUGUUUACCCUACACAAAUGCAAAGUGGAGAUAAUCUUUUCAAAUAUACUGAUGCUGUCAAGUCUUUCAAUCAUAUUAUACAUUUUGGUGAUCAUAAAGGUAUACAUAAAGGAGAAAAGCUCUAUGAAUAUAAAGAAUGCCAUCAAAUUUUUAACCAGAGCCCGUCACUUAAUGAACAUUCAGGACUUCAAAUAGGGGAAAACCAGUAUGGCUACAAGGAGUAUGAGAAUAUCUUUUACUUCUCAUCCUUUUUGGAACAUCAAAAAAUUGGGACUGUAGAGAAAGCAUAUAAAUACAAUGAAUGGGAGAAGGUCUUUGGUUAUGACUCAUUCCUUACUGAACAUACAAGCACUUACAAUGCAGAAAAACCCUAUGAAUAUAAUGAAUGUGGAACGUCUUUCAUCUGGAGCUCUUACCUUAUUCAGCAUAAGAAAACUCAUACUGGAGAGAAACCCUAUGAAUGUGAUAAAUGUGGAAAAGUUUUUAGGAACCGUUCAGCCCUUACUAAACAUGAACGGACUCACACUGGAAUAAAACCCUAUGAAUGUAAUAAAUGUGGGAAAGCCUUUAGUUGGAAUUCUCAUCUUAUUGUGCACACAAGAAUUCAUACAGGAGAAAAACCUUAUGUAUGUAAUGAAUGUGGGAAAUCUUUCAACUGGAACUCCCAUCUUAUUGGACAUCAGAGAACUCAUACUGGAGAGAAACCUUUUGAGUGUACUGAGUGUGGGAAGUCUUUCAGCUGGAGCUCUCAUCUUAUUGCCCACAUGAGGAUGCACACUGGAGAAAAGCCCUUUAAAUGUGAUGAAUGUGAAAAAGCUUUUAGGGACUAUUCAGCCCUUAGUAAACAUGAAAGAACUCACUCUGGAGCAAAACCAUAUAAAUGUACUGAGUGUGGAAAAUCCUUCAGUUGGAGUUCCCAUCUUAUUGCUCAUCAGAGAACUCACACGGGCGAGAAACCUUAUAAUUGUCAAGAAUGUGGCAAAGCUUUCAGAGAACGCUCAGCUCUUACUAAACAUGAAAUCAUUCACUCUGGAAUUAAACCCUAUGAAUGUAAUAAAUGUGGAAAAUCCUGUAGCCAGAUGGCUCACCUUGUUAGGCAUCAAAGGACUCAUACUGGAGAAAAACCCUAUGAAUGCAAUAAAUGUGGGAAAUCCUUUAGUCAGAGCUGUCACCUUGUUGCUCAUCGGAGAAUUCACACCGGUGAGAAACCCUAUAAAUGUAAUCAGUGUGAACGAUCCUUUAAUUGUAGCUCUCAUCUUAUAGCACACCGGAGAACUCAUACCGGAGAGAAACCAUACAGGUGUAAUGAAUGUGGGAAAGCGUUUAAUGAGAGUUCUUCUCUUAUUGUGCACUUGAGAAACCAUACCGGAGAGAAACCCUACAAAUGUAAUCAUUGUGAAAAAGCUUUCUGUAAAAAUUCUUCCCUGAUUAUUCAUCAAAGAAUGCAUAGUGGAGAGAAACGCUUUAUAUGUAAUCAGUGUGGAAGAGCCUUUAGUGGCCAUUCAGCCCUACUUCAACACCAGAGAAAUCACAGUGAAAAGAAACUGUAACUGAAUUGAUCGGAGCUUUUUCUUUUAUUGUAUGUUUGUCACAUUGGGAAAACAAAAAAACAAAGCCUGUAAGUAUAAGGGAAGUUGGUUUUUUUUGUUGUUGUUGUUUGUUUUUUUAACCAUGAGUUCAGAAAGACUUCUGCCUUUAUUAGUAGAUAGGAAAUAUCUUUGUAGAAGAAACAUUUGAGUGGAAAAACUAGGGAAAAGCUUCUAGCAGUUAUGUAGCCUUAUUUGACAUCAUGUAAUUAUAGAGAAGAAUGCUCUAAACUUCCUACAUUGUCCACAAGGAAUGUAUAUUAGGGGAACAUGACUGGGGAAUCUUUUAGCAAGAGCUCUUAUUUGUAGAUCAAUGUGUAUUGUUAAAGGGAAAGCCUAUGCCAAGAAUAGUGUUUUGACUGGAAGUAGUUUUUCAUCUACUUGGAAUAUUAGAUGGAAAGCUUACCAUUUUGUGCAUAAUCAUAGAAAUAGAUUUUGCUAUGAUAAGGGGAGGGUCUAGGUGCUCUUUAAGGGCUAGAAUAUGGAAUACUAAAUCUGAAUUUAAGAAAGAAAAUAGUAUAGAACUGAGUGAAUAUUUACUGUUUAUUAAGAUUAACCUCCUUAGAAAAGAUUAGUAAGUGAAAUUACUAAUGAUAGAGGUUGUUGCCUAGAAGUAUGAGACUGAUUUUUGGAACAAAAAGUGGUACUUAUUCUACUGUGUCAGUGUCCAUUGUCACUGAAUUAUUAGGCAGUUUGUAACUGUUUUAGGCUAUUAUUAUAAAUUAUAAUUAUGGGCACUAUCAAUAUAUGUAACAUGAAACAGAAAAAGGACACAGAAUUGUAUAUAUACUACCUAUGGUAACAGAUCUUAAAAAGUGCAUAUGGAUAAAGACCUGUUAGAUCCAUGGAGAAAUUAACCCAGUUAAUUUAAAUGUUUUUUUUGGCGGGGGGGGGGG